CCCCCACACACACACACACACCACACACUACGAUUCUAAAGAUGUUAAUUUUUUUAAACUCAUAACUUCCAUAGUAAUACACACAUAUUAACACUUUCCCACAGCAGAUCAAACGCGUGCAUCAUGUCUAUUUUCAUUCUAAAUACCUUAAUAUGUAAAUUGUUUAUUAAUAUGUUAAAAUAAAUUCCCAUGUUGUCUAAUGCGACUUUUCACUAUGGUCACUGUACGAUGAUAAAAAUAACGGUUUUCCAUAAACACAACUACAAUAAUAACAAUAAUAAUAAUCAUAAUCAUAAUAAUAAUAAUAAUAAUAACAAUAAUGAAAUGCAGGCCAUGCAUUUAGGAACAACACUAUUUAGUAUUGUUAAUAUAGGGAACUAGUAUUGUCGAUACUUUAAUAUUUUAAUGGUUAUAAUUAUUAUAGAUAUUAUUUGAUUGUGUCAUUUAAAAACUUUUACGGAAACAAUGUGAUAGUGCAGUGCAAAUAAUAAUAAUAAAAAAAUCCUGUUUAAUUGUUUACGAAAUAAUGUUUGUAAAACCCGUGGAUUAUUUACACUUUUGGCAAUUACAUACCCAUUAUGAUAUAAUAUAGUAUAAUAUGAAACAAUAUAAUAUGUAUGUACAUAUAUAAGACUAAAUACUGGGACAUGUGUAAACUUUUUCAAAUACGAGAAGUAUUCAAUUGGUUUAAUGAAAACUAGGGAAAACCUUUUUUCAAUUCAAAUUGAACGAUUUUAAAUACAAUUACAGAUAUUGUGGAAAAUAAUUUGAUGUUCGUGUCGGCUGUUUUAUAUUUUGUGAAUGCACAUUAUCAUCCAUCUUAAAAGUGCAUUAAAUUAGAAGAUUGCAGCUUUUAAAUGGAUGUUUAUUUUCAAAGUAGUGGUGAGGAAGUUGAUAUGAAACACGACCUUAAAUUACGCCAAUUUCCCUUUGAUCAGUGAGACUGUGUGAAUUUCUCUCGUGUGUGUGUUCGUAAAGUGUUAAUUCCACUGCAGUCCAGCGCCAUCAUGAAAUCCAGUCCUGCCUGCUGAUUGGCUGGAAGCGCCCAGGCCUGAGUCACGUGGUAUGUUCUCUGGUCCAGAGUAAAAUGGGGUUUGGUGUAAAUCUAGUGUGUAUUGCUGUCAUAUAUCACGCUACCUCGUAAAAACGACACUGAGGAUUCUGGGCCAACAAAUCAGAGAAAAAAAAAUGAGUUCUUAUUAUGUGGAUGGUCUUCUUAGCACAUAUACGCCGGCUACUCUGUUUCCAAACGUGGAUCGUGCUUCUUGCAGCAUUAGACCCAGUGGAGAGGACUGUGGCUCGACUCGGAAUGCUUCGGCCAUUGCGUUUGCACCCUCACUGUCUGGAGUUUAUAGCGUCAAUAAUGCAGUAUACCCGAGCCACGCCAUCCUCACCUCGGGCUACAGCCAGGUGCACGACGCACACCACACACUGCCCUGCAGCCCGUUUGUCCAGAGCCGCCGGUUCGCAGACAGCUGCUGCCAUGCCGGGCCGGGGCCCCUCACCUCGCCGCCGGACAAACAGUACCGGAUGUAUCCCUGGAUGAAAGCAUCAGAUCCAAAUCGGAAGCGGGGUCGGCAGACCUACUCCCGGUAUCAGACCCUGGAGCUGGAGAAGGAGUUCCACUACAACCGGUACCUGACCCGCAGACGCAGGGUCGAGAUCUCCCACAGCCUGUGUCUCUCAGAGAGACAGAUCAAGAUCUGGUUUCAGAACCGCAGGAUGAAGUGGAAGAAAGACCACAAGGUUGAAUCUGCGUCCAGCCCCGUGGAAAGGGGCAGCGGCGUCCUGGCUGUGUCCGAGACCCCCGUGGGAAGCCCCGGUAAAGCUGACGACACCGGUGGCUCCGGUUUGGAGACGGACGCGUCUGCGAAGUGACGAGAAAGAGACAGAACGAGACCGUUAAUGAAAGAAACACACUGUUGUUCCUCUGAGUGAGGGACAUAACAGAGACACCAUUCAUGCACUAGCUUAGAGCCUGAUUAAUUGAAUGACAGCUGAAGACAUCUACUGUAUGUAAAAGCAUUUCACAGCA